AUGGCUCCCUGGCUGCAGCUCUGCUCCUUCUUCUUCACCGUCAACGCCUGCCUGAACGGCUCUCAGCUCGCCGUGGCCGCCGGCCCGGGCAGGAGAGGGCCUCCCGGGGACACCUGCGGCUGGAGGGGAGUGGUACCAGUCAGCAGGAACAGUGGGCUGCCUAAUGUCACCUUUAAGUAUGACAACUGUACAACUUACUUGAAUCCAGUGGGAAAACAUGUGAUUGCUGACGUGCAGAAUAUCACCAUCAGUCAGUAUGCCUGCUAUGACCAGGUGGCCGUCACUGUGCUUUGGACAGCAGGUGCCUUGGGCAUCGAGUUCCUCAAAGGAUUUCGGGUGGUCCUGGAGGAGCUGAAGUCGGAGGGCCGCCAGUGCCAGCAGAUGUUCCUGAAGGACCCGAAGCAGCUCAACAGUAGUUUUAAAAGAACCGGCAUGGAAUCUCAGCCUUUUCUGAACAUGAAAUUUGAAACCGACUACUUUGUCAAGAUCGUGCCCUUUCCUUCCAUUAAAAAUGAAAGUAAUUACCACCCCUUCUUCUUCCGGACUCGACCAUGUGAAUUGCUGCUCCAGCCGGACAACCUGGCCUGUAAGCCUUUCUGGAAGCCCAGGAAUCUCAACAUCACCCAGCAAGGCCUGAAUAUGCAGGUGUCCUUCGACCACGCCCCUCAUAACUUUGGGUUUCGUUUUUACUAUCUUCACUACAAGCUCAAGCACCAAGGUCCCUUUAAACGGAAGACGUGCAGGCAGGAACAAAAUGCAGAGAUAACCAGCUGCACCCUUCAGAAUGUCUCUCCAGGGGAUUAUAUAAUUGAGCUUGUGGAUGACACAAAUACAACCAGAAAAAUGAUGCAUUAUGCCUUCAAGCCAGUGCAUUCUCCCUGGGCUGGGCCCAUCCGGGCCAUCGCCAUCACAGUCCCAUUGGUCGUCAUCUCUGCCUUUGCAACGCUCUUCACCGUGAUGUGUCGCAAGAAGCAGCAAGAAAAUAUAUAUUCACAUUUAGAUGAGGAGAGCUCAGAGUCAUCCACGUACACGGCCGCGGCCCCCGGGGAGAGGUUCCAUCCUCGGCCCAAAGUGUUCAUCUGCUACUCCAGCAAAGACUGCCAGAAACACAUGACCGUCAUCCAGUGCUUUGCCUAUUUCCUUCAGGACUUCUGUGGCUGCGAGGUUGCCCUGGAUCUGUGGGAAGACUUCAAGAUGUGCCGGGAGGGGCAGAAGGAGUGGGUCAUCCAGAAGAUCCGGGAGUCCCACUUUGUCAUCGUUGUGUGUUCCAAGGGGAUGAAGUACUUUGUUGAGAAGAAGAGCUGUAAGCACAGGGGAGGGAGGAGAGGCGAGGCUGACGGAAGCGAGCUCUUCCUGGUGGCUGUGGCCACCAUUGCCGAGAAGCUCCGCCAGGCCAAGCAGAGCUCAGCCGAUCUGGGCAAAUACAUCGCUGUCUACUUCGAUUACUCCUGCGAGGGCGAUGUUCCCGGAGUGCUGGACCUGAGCACCAAGUACAAGCUCAUGGAUCACCUCCCCCAGCUCUAUUCUCACUUGCACUCUCGAGAUCUCAGCCCACAGGAUCCAGACCUCUAUCCCGUCAACCUCAGCAAGAGGAAUUAUUUUCGGAGCAAGUCUGGGCGGUCUCUAUAUGUGGCAAUCUGCAACAUGCACCAGCUUAUUGAUCAAGAGCCCGAUUGGUUUGAGAAACAGUUCCUUCCUUUCCUUCCUCCCCCACUACAUUACCAGGAGCCCAUCAUGGAGAAACUGGACUCUGGCUUGGUGCUGAACGAUGGCAUCUGCAAGCAGGUGGCUGAAGGCGACUUUUACCUGAAAGCCGAAGCCCCCAUCCUUGGUGCUGGUGCUGCAGACUCUCAUUUGGUCCUGCCCCAUUUAAGCCUGGAAGAAGACGGGGACUCCCAAGACCCUCAUGACGGCAGCUGUGUUCUCCGACCUUUGUUGCACACUGUGAAGGCAGUCAGUCCCCCCGAUAUGCCCAGGGAUUCCGGCAUUUAUGACUCUUCUGUGCCAUCAUCAGAAUUAUCGCUGCCUCUGAUGGAAGGACUUUUGAUAGACCAAAUGGAAACCUCUUCCAUCACGGGGAGUGUCUCCUCUUCUUCAGGCUUAGGUGAAGAGGAGCCCCCUGUCCUCCCUUCCAAGUGUGUCGAUUCUGGAACAUGUAAAGCUGGACUCAGUGGGCACAGUUUCACCGACGAACUCCCGGUGGUUGGCCCGUUAUAA